AGACAUUUCAAAUGGAGGGAGUGGUUUGGAUCAAUUUACUGUUGGUACUGAAUCACUAGAAGCCCAAGACACAUUUUUGUAUUCAUCAUAUGAAGAAAGCAAGAACUUGCAAGAGCACUUAGGUGGCUCUAGAGAUGCAAAGGGCAAUGAUUUUUACAAUUUCUACCAGGCAGUUGAUGGGCAGCACAUCAUUCUUCAUCCUUUAAAUGUGAAGUGUCUGCUACACCAUUAUGGAAUCUAUGAUUCAUUUCCACACAGAAUAAGUGGAAGGAUUUUAGAGUUGGAAACCGUCACUCAGUCGGAGGCAGUAAGGAGGCGCUAUCAAUAUUUAAGUCAUUUUUCCUUAACGACUACUUUUCAGCUUUGUGAAAUCGAUUUGAGUGGAGUUCUUCCUCCUGAUGCUUUGCUUCCAUUUAUGGAUGAAAUCCAGAAGCGUGACAAACAGAGGAAGCAGCUGGCUAGAAAGGAGCGGAAGGAGAAAAUCAAAGCUGAGAUUGCGGCUGUGCAGUUUACUCCCAUGAUAACCAGUUUUGUGCUGUCUUCUUAUGAUGAUUCCCCUACAUUCUCUAUGGGUGACUUUGAAGCCCUUGUAAGUUCAACUGUGAUAUCAUCAAGUCCCCCAGUUGCUGGCGAGAGAAAACUGUUCUCAAACGUUACAAGGCUUGGUUUUGCUGCCGGGUAUGAUUCUCCUUCACUGAAAUUUGAGGAUGGAAAUACUGUGCAUUACAAUGAGGUGGCUAUUGAUUCCACAGGCGUAGCAGGCUCAAGAAAUUCAGGCACACCUUCAUUUGCCAAUGUAAUAACUAGAGCGAAGGCUGUUGAAACUUGGGAGACGCCUAAGAUGAAUGAGAUGGGGAAGAAAGGAAAGAAAUCAAGUCGGCUCCUUUUGUCAACAGCUGGUGGUCGACGCUAUUGAUGUCUUGGCCUGAACUCAAACACAACUUUACUUUGUUUAGCUUCAUAACCAAAAAAAAAAAGAAAAAAAAAACUUUGUUUAGCAUCCAUCUCAUAUUUGUAAAUUACCAUGACUGGCUUUAAGUAAUAUUGGAAGAAUAAAUUGUUAACAUUGCCUUUUUAUGUAAGUAGAUGGUGCAGUUCCUCUUCUUCAACAGCUCUAGCAUAUUGCUAUCAGCUUUUUCCUUUGCCUUGCCUUCCAAAGAGUCCACAUGACCACUUGGAAAACAAAGUUCCCCGAGUUGAGAAAAUCAAAUGAAUCAACAUAUGUGGACAAUUGUUAAAUGAAUUUCUUGACUCUUAGGGAAAAAAAAACUUAAAAAGCUGUUGACCUAUUUUUUAUCGAACAUGUGGAUGUCCUGUCGUGUCAGGAUCUACUACCCACGUGCAGUGCUUAUGCAUAAGAGGAAGUAUUUAUGCCGCCAUUUUGGCGCUCAGAUUGAUUCCUAAUGAAGCCAUACAGACCAACCAUUACACUCAAAAACCUGGCUUCACUUGCACCCUCUAAACCUUCAAGCUCGCUCCAAGAUGUCCAAACAUUCAUCGACGCUCGAAGCAUCAAAACGGGCUUUGAUCGAAAGACAUGCCGCUCCAACUUUAUGGUUGAAAACUUCCUCAGAAAGGGUAACAUGUCAGAGGCCCGUCAACUGUUUGACCAAAUGCCCAACAGGAACACUGUCUCUACAAACUUGAUGAUUUCCGGAUAUAUAAAAUCAGGCGAUCUUUUAAGAGCUAGACAAAUUUUUGAUACCAUGCUUGAUCGAACUGCGGUUUCAUGGACCAUUUUGAUUGGUGCCUACUCGCAGAAGAAUCAGUUCCGCGAAGCAUUUAAGCUUUUCGCAGAGAUGCGAAGACGUGAUACGGAGCCUGAUUAUGUGACUUUUGCUACUCUUUUAUCAGGUUGCAAUGAUGCCGAGGUGGACAAGGAAUUGAUUCAAGUUCAUGCUUGCCUUCUUAAGUUGGGGUACCAGUCCAGUCUCAUAAUCUGCAAUUCAUUGGUUGAUUCUUAUUGCAAAACUAAUCACCUUGAUUUUGCCUGUCGGGUUUUUAUUGACAUGCGUGAAAGAGAUUCUGUUUCUUUUAAUGCAUUGAUCACUGGCUUCGCAAAAGAUGGUCUAAAUGAAGACGCAAUAACCCUCUUUCUGGAGAUGCAAAAUUUAGGUUUCAAGCCUUCUGAUUUCACCUUUUCUGGAGUUUUAAGUGCCGCUAUUAGAUUAAACGACUUGGCCUUUGGGCAACAAAUUCAUGGUUUUUUGGUGAAGACUGGGUUUGUUUGGAAUGUCUUUGUGGGGAAUGCAUUGCUUGAUUUCUACUCUAAGCAUGAUCGUUUAGUUGAAGCUAGGAAAUUUUUUGAUGACAUGCCCGACUUGGAUGGCAUUUCUUACAAUGUGAUAAUCACAUGCCAUGCAUGGUUUGGACAACAUGAAGAAGCUAUUAGACUUUUCCGUGAAUUACAGUUUACUCACUUUAAUCGGAGGCAAUUCCCAUUUGCAACCAUGUUGAGUAUAGCAGCAAAUGCACUAGACCUGCAAAUGGGGCAGCAAAUCCAUUCCCUGGCUAUUGUGACAACAGCUGAUUCAGAACUUCUGGUUGGGAAUUCUUUAGUUGAUAUGUACGCAAAAUGUGGCAGAUUUGAAGAAGCUGAAAAGAUAUUCAGGAGUCUGGCUAAGAGAAGCACAGUUCCAUGGACAGCCCUUAUCUCAGGUUAUGUUCAGAAAGAAUUCUAUGAGGAAGGCCUGAAUCUGUUCAAUGAGAUGCACAAAGCUGGUGUUAGACCAGAUCAGGCUACUUUUGCUAGCAUCUUAAAAGCAUCUGCAAAUUUGGCUUCACUAUCACUGGGGAAACAGCUUCAUUCAUUUGUAAUCAGAUCAGGUUUCAUGUCAAAUGUUUUUUCAGGAAGUGCACUUCUGGAUAUGUAUGCAAAAUGUGGUUCCAUAAAAGAUGCGAUUCGACUUUUUCAGGACAUGCCUGAAAGGAAUAUAGUCUCUUGGAAUGCCUUGAUCUCAGCCCAUGCUCAAAAUGGUGAUGGUGAAGCCACCCUUGACUCAUUUGAAAAGAUGGUUCAGUCAGGUUUCCAGCCAGAUUCUGUUAGCUUCCUCAGUGUUUUAUCUGCUUGCAGCCAUUGUGGGCUUGUUCAAGAAGGGUUAAGAUAUUUCAGAUCCAUGACUCAAAUCUAUAAUCGUGUUCCAAAGAAAGAGCACUAUGCAUCUAUGGUUGAUAUGUUAUGCCGGAGUGGACGGUUUAACCAAGCUGAGAAGUUGAUAGCUGAUAUGCGAUUUGAUCCUGAUGAGAUUAUGUGGUCUUCAGUUCUAAAUUCCUGUAGGAUUCAUAAGAAUCAAGAAUUGGCUAGGAAAGCAGCAGACCAGCUUUUCAGAAUGGAGAUGCUUAGAGAUGCUGCUGCUUAUGUCAGCAUGUCUAAUAUCUAUGCAGCGGCUGGCCAGUGGGAGAAUGUGGGGAAGGUAAAGAAGGCAAUGAGGGAGCGUGGAAUUAGAAAGGUUCCAGCAUAUAGCUGGGUUGAAAUAAGACACAAGGUUCAUGUGUUCUCAGCAAAUGAUAUGUUACAUCCUCAAAUGGAGGAAAUCCGGAAAAAGAUUGACAUGUUUUCAAUACAGAUGGAAAAGGAAGGUUACAAGCCUGAUACAAGUUGUGCUCUUCAUGAUGUUGACGAGAAAAUCAAAAUUGAGUCUCUUAAGUACCACAGUGAGCGGCUAGCAAUUGCAUAUGCGCUGAUGAGUACGUCUGAAGGGUCACCAAUACUGGUGAUGAAGAACUUACGGGCAUGUACAGACUGCCAUGCCGCAAUCAAGGUAAUCUCAAAGAUUGUUAGAAGGGAAAUCACAGUGAGGGAUUCAAGCAGGUUCCACCAUUUUAAGGAUGGCAUCUGCUCUUGUGGGGAUUAUUGGUAGUUUGUAGAGGG